GAGACCAGCGAUAUAUACUGAUUGCAUCGUCUGCAUGACAGGGCGCUCUGAUUGCAUGGCAUUACGCUGCUUGCUCGGAUUUAGACUUUGAUUGUGGACUGAAGCAAGGUUUGAUGCAAAGGAUGGCGGCGAGGGUUGUGAAGUGGCCGAAGAUACUGUUGUUCGGGGAUUCAUUGACUCAGCGUUCCUUUAGUCCAGAGGGGUGUUGGGGGGCCCUGUUAGCAGACCAUUUUCAAAGACGUGCAGAUGUCGUCGUCCGCGGCUUCUCGGGCUACAACACCCGCAACAGCCUGGCACUCCUCCCCUACGUGGCCACAGACUUGAAGGACGUCGUUGGUGCCACUGUGUUCCUCGGUGCCAAUGAUGCCAGUGCUGAAAACACCCAGCAGGCCGUUCCUCUUGAAGAAUACGCGGAGAACAUGAAGGCUAUUGUCAGGCACUUCCAGAAUGCUGGAGUGAAACCUAUUGUGAUAACUCCCCCAGCACUGGAUGGGGCAGGGUGGAAUAGUUACUGUGAGGAGACGGGUCGCAUUUAUGCCAAAGACGAGGCACUCACGGCCAAGUACGCAGAGGCUUGUUCAGGUGUAGCCUCGGAAAUGGGAGUCCCUUGCAUUGAUCUCCAUACUGCUAUGAUCAACCAGGCUGACUGGCAGAACCUCCUGUGUGAUGGCCUACACCUCUCACAAAGGGGCUCGGAACUCCUGGCCUCACUCCUUGCCCCAGCGGUGGAGAAACACUUAUCGUCAAGUCUUCCAAAGGACCACAUCCUACCCCUCUGGAGUGAGAUUGGAGCUAACAACUCAGUGGAGGUGUUCAAGGAGUGGUGCGAGAAGAACAUGUGAAGUGCUCUUGGGCGGUUAGCGUGUUCAGGAAUGUGAUAUCUUGGGCUUCCAGUUUUUCAGCUGAAUUUCUAGGGUUUUAUUUUUAUGGCAAUUGUAAUUUCGUUGUCUAACCUAGGAAGAAAUGAGAUAUCAUGAGAAGGAUAUUUACUAACAAGAUAUAUGAGGAAGUACAAAUAUGGAAGAAUUUAACUGUCAUCCUAAGAUAUAUAUAUAUGCCAAAUACAAAAAUACUGGCCUUGUUUAAUGUUGUGAAAAUUAAGGCACAGCACGUAUUCUUUGACGCUUAAUGGUAAGCACUACUGUAGGUAUGUUUUGUCUUUGAGACAUUUGAUGGGAAAAAGUUGCACUUGUCUUGUGCAUUUUCUUUAUGGGGAUGCACACACAUUCAUGUAUCCAUUCAUAUAUACAUGUUUGUAUGAAUAUAUAGUCCAUUCCUUUAAUUUUUCUUUCAAUUAUCUGUUUCUAGUUUAUGUCCAUUUAAUUAUCCAUAUUGUUAUUCUUGCAGUUCAUAAAGAAUUUACCAGAAAGAUGA